UUCAGGACGUCAGGGAUGUUAAGAAGACCUUCGUUGCUCCAGCAAUUAAGUCUUUUGAGCACUAUGACUUCUCCCGAGCCAAAAUCUGUUGCAGCCUCGCAUGGCUGCUGGCCAAAGCUUAUGGGACAGGGUACAGCAUCCAAAUUUAGAAAAGAGCAGCAGCAAGACAGCAUUCCAGCAGACUUAAAGGACCCUUUCUACACAGACCAGUAUGAGCAGGAGCACCUGAAGCCUCCUGUUGCCAGCCUCCUGCUGUCUGCAGAUCUCUACUGCAGGGCUGGCAGUCUCAUCCUGAAGAGCGACGCUGCCAAGCCCCUGCUGGGCCAUGAUGCUGUCAUUCAAGCGCUGGCUCAGCGUGGACUCUACGUCACUGACCAGGAGAGACUGGUCACUGAGAGGGACCUUCGAAAGAGGCCACUGCAAAUGAGCGCUCACCUGGCGAUGAUCGACACUCUGAUGAUGGCGUACACAGUGGAGACGAUCAAUGCGGAGAAGGUGAUGGCCUGCAUUCGCCAGUAUUCAGCCUGCAACCCAGAGGAAACACCUUAUGACACAGAGGAUGCAGUGACAACCUGGAUCAACAAGGUAAAUGAGUAUCUGAAAGACACUGUGCUUCAGGAGCAGAGGAAGAAGGAGACGCAGAGCACAGAGUCUGCUGGGAGUCCUCGGGCUCGCUACAGGAAGGAGCAGGCCUCAACCCAGCCCGUUCCAUGGAUCCCCCCAGUGGACAAUCUGCUGAAAGACAGCACAGACGGCUCAGCUCUCGGUGCUCUGCUGCACUUCUACUGCCCUCAGCUGCUACAACUGGAUGAUGUAUGUCUGAAGGAGAACAUGACGCUGGCUGAUCGGCUAUACAACCUGCAGCUCAUCCAGGACUUCUGCAAAGACAACCUGAACAGCUGCUGCCACUUCAGCCUGGAGGACAUGCUCUACGCCUCCUCCGCCAUCAAGAAUAACUACCUGGUGUUCAUGGCAGAGCUUUUUUGGUGGUUUGAGGUGGUCAAGCCGUCAUUUGUGAAACCAAGAUUGCUGGACAUCGAAAACACAGAUCCUUCAUCCUUUUUGAAGAAUAUGCCAGUCAUCCCCAUCUCCAAGGCAACCAAGAGAAGCUUCAUGGAAAGACCUCCAAGUCCCGAAAGACCAAGUUUACCCCUCCGACCUCAGCCACGAAAUACAGGAGAGAUCAAGAGGUCAACCUCAAUGUCCUUCGUCGAUGGCAACCUCGGCACUUGGCCCAAAGAGAAACGGUCUGGGCCUUAUGGAGUGUCUUUUGACAUCCCCUUUGACAAAGAGGACUCUGCUCCCGGUUCUCUUUCCUCCAUGCGUGGCAUGGUCAGGUCUGUCAGCACUGACGAUGGUUCUGGCUUCAAAGUCCAACAUUUGCCUCGAGGAAUGAAGCGUAAUCUGUCCUUCCAGCCAGUGAACGGUCAGAGUGUUGGCAUUGAGGAGGAGGGCUGCCCAGACAGCCUGGCUGGCAUGGAGCCUGACAUGCGAGCAUACCCCAACGGACAUGGAAGUGUCAUGGCAACAACUCCCUCAAUGGAGGAAGCCCUCCAGAUUAUCCAUAGCCCAAGUAGGCCGCCAGCGGAGGGGAUAAACAGUGGUUUCUUUCUGCACAGUCAGGGCCACGGGGCUGGGGUUGCUAGCUUGGAGCCAGUGUCAGAGUUGGACUCCAAAGGGCCGCAGAGCACCACAGACACCACCGAGGUGGACACUGGCAUCCAUAUUCAAACAGAAGACAUGCUGGAUGAGGACUCCUCUCUCAAGGACUGCUCUGUGAACAUGGACCUGGAUAUGGACACGCCAAGCCCCUGUCCAAGCAAUCAGAGCAAAUCCCCCUCAGGAGUGAAGAUGACCAGCUUUGCUGAACAGAAGUUGAAGAAGCACACUCCCUCAGCACCAGACUCAGGAAGGUGCAGCAGCAGCUCCCUCAAGACCACUCCCGAAGGCUCUGAGUUCGGCCUCCCAUUAUCUGUCUCCUGGGCCCCGACCCCUGAGCACAGCCCCAUCCAUCAACAAACUACACCAACCAUAACAGCUCAAGCAUCGCCCACACCUGUACAACUUCCACCCAAUGACCCUGCUCAGGUAAUGGCUACAGAGAUGGUACAUUUGAGAAUGAGGCUGGAAGAGAAACGUAAAGCCAUUGAAGCACAGAAGAAGAAAGUGGAGGCUGCUUUUACGAGGCAUCGGCAAAAGAUGGGUCACUCAGCAUUUCUCAAUGUGGUUAAGAGAAAAGGAGAUGGGGCUGCUAGUGGAGAGGAAGGUGGAAAGACUGCUGGAGAAGGCAAGGUGGCAAGCUCAAGUCCCACCUUCAAAUUUGGAAGGAGCAAGGCAGACACACCUGAUGGUGCAGAGCAAAGCAGCACAGGUUCCUGUUGGACAAAGUCACCAGGUGCAGGGGAGGAAGGGGGGCAGACUCAUGCUCAGCUAACGGAGGUAGAUCUCACUGAGUAUACGCGUUCUAUUGAGAAACUGAAUCAUUCAUUGGCCUUCCUUCAGACUGAGAUGCAACGACUGGCUCAGCAGCAGGAAGUGAUCAUGGCCAUGAGGGAGCAACAGCAUCAGCAGGCGUGGGUCAUCCCUCCCCCUCAUACAAACCCAUCACCACAAAAACACAGUAGAGCUGGAGCUGUUGCUCGAUCCUCAGGACCCUCUUCCCCUGCUGACUCUCCUCGUUCCACCCACCGUUCUCCAAACAGCAUCAAACGCAAAUCCGCCUCUUUCCACUCGCGUAAUCCUCGCACCGCUCGUCCCAACGAGCUAAAGCUUGCCCCUUACAAUCGAGUCCUCACUGCACCUCAGUCUGUCGAUAGCAUCCCCAGGCUAAGGAGAUUUUCUCCCUGCCAGCCCUUGGCAUGUUCCUUUGUUUACAUGCAGGAGAAACCAGCAACCGCCAAUCCAGCAACAGUAGCCUCAGAUGAAGAUAAAAUCAAGGAGACGGAGUCACUUCUUUCCCCUGAGAGGGAACUUGCCAGUAUAUGUGUAGCCAGCUCACCCCCCAGCUCCCCCAAGAACAAAAGAGAACACAUCCAGGAAUGCCAGUCCAAGAUCACUGACACAGAAACUGAUGAGCAGAACAAUCAGAAGUCAAUUGCAGACCUCAAACCUACUCAGUCUUCAUUUCCUGAGGUUCUGGCACACCCUGUGGUGGAGACCUUCACGGUGACACCUACAGAGAUUCCUUCACAGCCAGAAGACUCAGGCGAGGCCAAGAGCAGCUUGAUUGAGGUUCCUCUGUCAGUCGUGAAGCCGCUGGAGGAUCUGACACUUGAUGAUGGUUUGGAGACGCAGCAGGAUAACGUGGACAGCUCAGAUUACGAACAGAAAAUGUGUCAUGGUUUCUUCUUCAAGGAGGAUGGAAAGGCAGAGGAGAACAUGGCUCAGAAGAGGGCUGCGCUGUUGGAGAAAAGGAUGAGGAGGGAGAAGGAGACGCAGCAGAAGAAGAUGCAGCUGGAGGCUGAGCUGGAGCAGAAGAAGGAGGAGGCUCGACUGAAAGCAGAGGAGGAACGCCUCAGGAAGGAGGAGGACAAGGCUAGGAGGGAGUUCAUCAAGCAGGAAUAUCUCAGGCGGAAGCAGCUAAAACUGAUGGAGGACAUGGACACUGUCAUUAAACCUCGGCCAGCCGGAGGGGCCAAGCAGAGGAGGGGCCGCCCAAAGUCCAUCCAUCGUGACAGCAUGGACUCACCAAAAACCCCUGUCAGAGCUGCCACAGGUUCACGCCAACGUGUCUUUUCAGUCUCCAGCUUGUCCCUUGCGUCCCUCAACCUGGGAGACAGCGACAGUGUUCACUCUGACAAGAGAUCGCCAAGGCCAGAUUCUGCGGAUGGCUUCUUGUCCCCAAGUCGCUCCAGCAGCAGGAAUGGAGAGAAGGACUGGGAAAAUGGAUCCACAACCUCCUCUGUUACAUCUAACACAGAGUACACUGGACCGAAGCUAUACAAGGAACCCAGCGCUAAAUCUAACAAGCACAUCAUCCAGAACGCUCUGGCCCACUGCUGCCUCGCCGGCAAGGUUAAUGAGGGGCAAAAGAACAAGAUCCUGGAGGAAAUGGAAAAAUCAGAAGCCAACAACUUCUUGGUUUUGUUCCGAGAUGCUGGCUGCCAGUUCCGCUCCCUCUACACGUACUGCCCCGAGACAGAGGAGAUCAACAAGCUGACAGGCUUCGGCCCCAAGAGCAUCACGCGCAAGAUGAUCGACAGCCUCUACAAGUACAACUCAGACAAGAAGCAAUUCAGUCAGAUACCAGCCAAGACCAUGUCGGCCAGCGUGGACGCGGUGACGAUCCACAACCAUCUCUGGCAAACCAAGAAGCCAGCCACCCCUAAAAAAGUAGUGCCUGCACAGUCCUAAUGGAACUCGAUACCCUGAACUUCACCAUCUCCCUCAAAUGAAACAUACCCAUUUCAAUUUGCACUUCACUGUACAUAUCCAUGAAGAUUCAAGCACCUGCAAUGCCAGUUAGAUUGAAUGCAUAUUUGUCUACUUCAUGUUUGUUCGUUUUUCCUCUCCAUUGCAUUCCUGUCCUUUGUUCUCCUUUUUACUCUGGACUGGAUAGGAUAGGACUCAAAGAUUAUGAACAACUGGAAUGUAUGCCACUGUAAAGGAAUGAUGUAAAUGCUUCUCACUCCUGUGUUUUUAGAGAUGUUCAUGUUUGAGUCAGUUUACGAAGGCUUGUGUGUGAGUGUCGGUUUUUUGUUCCCAAUGUGCCAAACUUCAAAAAAAGAGACAGUAUGAAUGCCAGGACAUUUUAUUGGGUACACUGAAGCACUGAAUGUUUUUAAUUCAUGUACAGAAUGAUUUGUGUUUGCAUUAUCCUGUUGAUGUGUGGCCUUAUGCACAUUUUGUUUUAGCGUGUGAGUGCAAUGAGGUGAUUGUAAAACAUACAGAUGGGGUUUUUGUAUUUGGAAGAACAAUUUUUCUUCAUCUCUGUGGGUGAAACAGUUUGUAUAUUAAGGUACGUUAAAACCACAAAGGGCCAAAAAAUGAAUUGCAUACAGCUAGUGAUAGCCACACAGUACAUGUGUGUUCAGCUCAACAAAGCCAAGCGGUUUCAGCUUUUUCCAAACCCUUUUUGAGGAGGUGAUUUUAAAGAAUGCAGGACGUUACUCUAGAUCACUGGCUUUCAACCUGUGGGUCAGGAUACCUGCAGACAGCUGGAGCUGUAAGGUUCGAUGUGUGGAAAAAUAUAUUUAUAAUACACAAAUAUGCUGUCCUGUUUGUAGUUGCUGUCAAAUUCCGUUGUCAUGCAAUAUAUAGAAGUAGUUGCAGCCUCCAGAAGUAUUCCAAUAAUUAGGCAGGAUAGGCAGACAGUGAAAAUUUAAAUCCCUUGGGGAUUAAAGUUACAUAUAUCCACAAGGAGGCAUUGCUUCAGCCAGAAUGGUUGAGAGCCAGUGUUGUAGAUCCCAUUGCUGCUUGUUCUCAGAAGAUUUGUGAACAAAUGGAACAGCUCAGUAUUAUUUUAUUUUGAAAUGCUGCCAACUGCACCAUGUAGCACCUUUGCAGUAUAUUAAUAUAAAGUACGAUGACACUCGCACCCACUGGUAUCAGGAAUAUGUCUGAAUUCCAAAACACAGAAAAAGUAUUUCUGUUCAUAUCAGUAUCAGGAAAUUUAAAUGAAAUUGUUGUACUGAAACUUUUUUGACAGUACUGUAAAUUGUUCAGAUUCACACUUGGCCUACUCAUUUUCACAGUCUGCACUUAUAAUGCUGUAAGGCACUUUUGGUAAAAGCAUCCACCACACACCAUAUGCAGUAAACAUAGUGCAUUUUAGUUUAGAUUGCUGAUUAGUUAGAAAGUAAUUGCUCUAAAGAAUGCCAGUCAUACAUCACUGCAAGUAUUCCCCGAUUCAUUAAACAGCCUCUCUGUCACUGUUGUCGUGUCUGCUCGUACAUAAAACAAAUGUAUGUUGAUCCAAAUUAGAUUACAUUAUGUGACGCAUUAGCAGCAUAUUUGUCUGUUGCCUUUAGAUGCAACAUGUCCUAAAUAGGCCAGAAAUACAGUAAUUGUGUUACAUUUUUGUUAUAUUUUUCUCUUAAUAGCAGAAUCAAUUUCGCAAAGUAAUACAAGGCAAAAUACGGCAGAUCUUUGUUGCUGCAUACGGGUAGAAACUCGCCUCAGAGUUUCAUUGGUGUCAGUAUUAUGUUCCUUUUGCCACCAAUUGUCAAGUAAAAACCAUUUGCAGGUACAAUUUCCAAAAAAAGCAACGUCUACUAACAUGGUGCUUUGUUUUCAAUCGGGGUGGGGAUAUUUAUGACCAAAAGAGAGCAUGUACAUGUCUUUGAAAAUGUAAUCAGAGUUAAGAAGUGUUUCUCUGUUGUUUAUUGAAAGGAUUUGUCCACAGAAGCUCUGUCCACCUGCUUCAGGCUGCUCAAGGCCAAGGUAAAUGAUUAUUUAAACUGUAAUGAUACUGUACAGUGUGUUCAUGUGAGCUCAUACCUAUUCACUAUGAUGACUUUGUUUUGUUUGUCAACGCUGUGCUGUCAUUCGACAUAUUGCUGAACAUGUAGAUUCAUUUUUGUUGUUUUGUUUUGUAUAUUUUUUUCUUUUUUGCAUUAAUUAAAACUAAGCAUGGCCUCA